AUGUCCUCAUCACCCGAUAUAGACCCGUAUCUGGCCUUGGGGGUCGCCAAAGAUGCCACCCUUGCAGAGAUCCGCGCCGCCCAUCGCAAACGAGUGCUGAAGUGCCACCCCGACAAGAUCCAAGAUAUAUCGCAACGCAAUGCCGCCCAGGACGAAUUUCAACGGGUCCAGCAAGCCUAUGAAUUGCUUUCAGAUGAAACUCGACGAACUCGCUACGACAGAAAGGUCGAAUUACUUGCACUCAAGCGUGAGUUGGAUCGCAAGCGGUCCGAGGCUAUGCAUUCGCAACGCGGGAGUGGAAGCUCCCGUGAAAUGCGUGGAGGUCACAUCGUGGAAGAGCGAGUGCCUGUGGAUGUUUUCUUAGAUGAGGACUUGCGAUAUACAGAGGAACCGCGGACAAUGUCGCGCAAGGACAAUGAGUUUAGAAGGCCAAAGGCAAAGCCAGCCGAAGACAAGAACAAGACUCGUGCGCCCCCAAACACCUAUCGCGCAGCCAAGGAUGAUCGCGAAACCGCAAAAGCCACGCAGGCCGACAAGGCCAAGCAGCGGGAUCGAGAUCGCAAGCGUCAGGCCUCAGCCAAGCGCGAGGAUGUCUACAACUCUUACGGCCCGCGUGUAGUAUCCGAUAUGUCAGAUUCAAGCGAAUCUGGCACCUACGUGCCUCUAAGGAGGCCAGCCGCCACCCGCAGAACAACUCGGGAUUCCUAUGAGUCUCGUGAAGCCCGAGAGCCUCGCGACUCUCGCGAGUCACGAUCCCGCCCCGCAGAAUCUUCCUCUCGGAGGCGCGAGCGCAUCUAUGAAGAUGAAGACGACUACUCUGACCGGUUCUCAUCCCCAACAAGCAUGAAGGCUGGCAAACACAAGCGGAGCAGCACAUUCAGCGAUCUCAGGAACGAAGUCCCGCGAGCCUCGCGGUCUCCACAGCGACCCCGUGGUUACGACUCGACGGAACCAGACUCUAGUGCUUCACGGCGCUCGGGUCGGUCCUCCCGCUCCACCCGCGAUCAGUCUUCUUCACGCCAUAAUUCUCACGAGCACUUGGAGUCAUCGCGGGGCUACGACUUCAAAAUACCCAAGAUGCCCACCACUGCCACAUCGCCUGCCCAUAAGGCAUCCAUGAGGCCGUCACUGUUUACCCGCGCCGCCACUGCUAACGCCGCAGGCUUUACUCGUAAGCGCGAAGGAUCCAGUCGCGAGGAACCAAUCCUGGAGAAAAUGGCUCGUGAGCCAAUUCGUGAGCCUCGUGAGCCUCGUGAGCCUCGUGAAUCUCGUGAACGUGAACCUCGCGAGCGAGAACCAAUUUCACGUUCCUCAAAGCGCUACGACUCUGGCUACUCCAGUCCCAGCACACCCGAGAUGCCCCAGCGCGGUGCCUCGCCCAAGACCACGACUACACGCUACAAGAUCGACGACACGGUGGUGAUCGAGCCCUCUAAACCGAAAUACCGCUCGACCUCCCCCGAGCGUCCCCGAGGCCCACCCAGGCGAUCAAGUACCUACCAGUACAAGUCUGAGGCCUCGCCCCGCAUCGAGGUGCGCACUGUGCGACCAUCCAGACCUCAUGGCGACGUGGAAUAUGCGCCACGCCCCCGUGCCGAAGACGUCAAGUACGCCCGUGAGAUCCGGUCCGAAAGUGUCAGCCGCUCCAGCCCGUACUCUGAUGAAUACACUCGCCAUCCACCCACUCGCCGAACCACCUAUGCUUGA